AUGAAGCAUGGUGAUAACAUACCUUGUCCAACACAUGCAAAGGACUUGGAUAUUAUAUGUUAUGAUUGUAAAGAGAUGAUAUGUUCGGUGUGCCUUAUCUAUGAUCACAAGUCACAUCAUGUCGAUCAUGUACUACAUAUAAGAUCAUGUAUAGAUGAUAAGGACAAGCACUCAUCUCUAUACUUUAACAAGAGGAUGGAUAUGCUGCUACAUAAGUUGAAGCAUUUGACCAAUAAUCAACGAUCGAUGGACCAAGCCCAACAAAAGGCAUCCAAGCACUUCAAAGAGUUGAUCGACAUGAUACGCGUAUUGGAGAUCAACGUUGUCGAUCAGAUACGGAAUGAGAAGAUGAAGAAUGCAUCAACAGUUCAAUCAGUGAUCAAUGAACUUGGACGCAUCAGUGCAGUGCUACACUACUCUGCUGGCGAACGUAAUAUAAGACACAAUGUCAGACCGACCCAGCUUAACGAAUGGAUCACCUCGAGCACGACUCCAAACGAACUGAUCGACAAAGUGUUCCCUCCACCUCCUCCCCCUCAUCAUCGACCGAAUGAUGAUGAUGAUGCCGCGUCACAGCCACUCACUGACCACGACCUUUUGAUGUUGAUCAACAAUCAUAUCAAACAUAUUGAGGCCACCAACUAUGCUUCGCCAAUGGCAUAUCGAGUGGAUAGCAUUGAUCAGGCAGACAUGGCAAAGCUAAAGGAGCAGGUCAAGUCAUCACUGAAGCUCAUAGACUCCAAUCAGUACUCAAGGGAGUAUGACGGUCAUGUCUUUGUGAUGAGUAAUGACCUACAAUUCUCAAUCAUCUCACCGAUAUCAUCAAGAUCAAUCGCACCAAUCAAUGAUCUAUUCAACAGAGGUCUGGUUACAACAUCAACGGUCUAUGCACGUGGCAACAUCUAUGUGUUUGGCGCUGACGACUCCAGGUACCAGACCUACUCUCGCUUCUCCCUUGCCGACCAGAAAUGGACGCAUAACAAUGCUAUUGAUAAUGGUGUCACGGGUGGCAAUGUAAUAUCCGUGUGUUUUGACGGCAAUGAGCACAUCUACUUGGUUGGAGGCUUCAGCGAUGGUGACAACUUGAAGCGAGUGGAUCGUUUCAACAUCGUCACGCAGCAGUUCAGUCAUGUUGGCAAGCUGCCAAUGUUCAUACAUGGCGCAUCAACAUUCUACAAGGAUGGCAACAUCAUCAUCGUUGGUGGAUUCCAUGGCGAUGCCAUUCCUCAUCAAACAAUCAGAUCAUUCAAUGUACAUACAUUGAUGACUCAACAAAUGAUUGAUGGUAUGGAGUUUGGAGAAUUCAUCUUAUCAAGUUGUUUCGAUGGCGAGGACAAUGUGUACAUCAGGGAAGAAGGCGUCUUUUACAGGAUCAACCUGACAAACAAACGAAGAGUACAUCUCCCUCUUCCGGAUACUCAAAUCAUCUAUCCAAUUGUGUACCAUCCACAACUUGGAGCAGUUCUACUCUUUAGCAAGGAUAAGACAUUCAAGUACACUCCAUCAUCAAACUCAUGGGUCCAGAUCAAUGGUGCUAUUGGCUUCGUUGCAAGGACUGCGUUAAUGAUC